AGGAUGGAUCGUGCGAUUCAGACUCCCUCGGUCGCAACCCACAAAUCCACACAUCUCCUUUCUCCUAUAUAUAUAAUCUUCCCCACCACCACCACCUGCACGCAAGUCAGGCGAAUCAAUUCCCUCUCCAUUUCUCCACAUCACCUCCUCUCCUUCUCUCUCUCUCUCUCUCUCUCUCCCCACAGAGCUUCUUUAAUACAUUAACUAUCCCUGUGUUGUGUUCAUUUAAGUAUUGUUUACCUCUCUGCCUCUCCACGAAGUUCCCCAUUUUUGCCCUCUCCUUCUUCUUGGGAAGAAAAGCACACGUUGAUAUAAUAUAUAUCUCUCCUUCCAGCCUCUGAAAUCGCGCUCCUCGAAGACCCUUUUGAGCGGGAGUUCGAGUUCGGCUCUCGUCACCCUGCCUUUUUACAUCGGUCGCUCGGUCCGCUCGAUCUGGACUCGACACAUAAUCUUAUGUUACUUGCCCGCGCAUGAGGAUGAAGGAGAUCGUGUACCAGGAGGAGUACGUAGAGAACGCCAGAGGGGUUCAGCUCUUCACCUGCAGAUGGUUGCCGUGCUCGUCCUCUCCGAGAGCACUGGUUUUCAUUUGCCAUGGUUAUGGCAUGGAGUGCAGUGGCUUCAUGAGAGAAUGUGGAACAAGAUUGGCCAGAGCAGGAUUCGGGGUGUUUGGGAUCGACUAUGAGGGUCACGGCCGUUCCAUGGGAGCCCGAUGUUACAUCAAGAAGUUCGAUAACAUAAUCAAUGACUGCGAUGAUUUCUUCAAGUCCGUUUGCGCUCAAGAUGAGUACAGAGGCAAGAGCAGGUUCCUGUAUGGAGAGUCCAUGGGAGGAGCUGUUGCGCUGCUUCUCCACAAGAAAGACCUUGCAUUUUGGACUGGCGCGGUUCUCGUGGCGCCCAUGUGCAAGAUAUCAGAGAAGGUGAAGCCGCACCCGGUGGUGGUGAACCUGUUGACGAAGGUGGAAGAGAUCAUACCGAAAUGGAAGAUAGUCCCAACAAAGGAUGUCAUCGAUUCUGCCUUCAAAGACCCUAUCAAGCGAGAACAGUUGAGAAGCAACAAGUUGAUAUAUCAAGACAAGCCACGGCUGAAAACGGCAUUGGAGAUGCUCAGAGUCAGCAUGAGACUCGAAGACACAUUACAUGAGGUGACUCUGCCGUUCUUCGUGCUGCACGGGGAAGCGGACGUGGUGACGGACCCGGAAGUGAGCAAGGCCCUGUACGAGCAGGCCAGCAGCAGGGACAAGACCAUCCGCCUCUACCCUGGCAUGUGGCACGGCCUCACCUCCGGCGAGCCCGACGACAACAUCGACAUCGUCUUCUCCGACAUCAUCGCCUGGCUCGACAGGCGCUGCAACAUGGACACCGACGCAGAUUCCUUCCCCGCCAACCCCGUCCUCCCAUCGAGCAACAGCGGCUUCAUCGAGAGAUUCGCCACGUCCUUGCCGGGGGCGGCGGUGAUGAAUGGCAAGCGGAGGCAGCGGAACGGAAGCUACUUGUGCGGAUUGAAGGGGCGGCGCUUGUCCCAGCACUCUGCCAUGUGAUCUCUGUCUUGACACUGUGAUGCUCAGACAGAGAGGCUCACAAAGACGUUCCCAGAUAACGUUUUCGUGUGGAAACCCGAUGGACCAUCCAAAUGCAAACUCGACUUUCGUUGGAUGUUAACGAAUAAUGAAGGCUGUAUGAUCCUACUGAAAAGGAUUCAAGUUACUAACACUUGGAAAGCUUUCUAUCGGGUGAUUGGUGAAGCAUACAUGCACUUCGUCACUGAUUGAGUUUACAGACACAACUUCAGAAGUUAAACCCGAUAUGACAUUUCGUUAAACGAAGAGCUUUGGUGAGA